ACAAUUUAUGGUCCGAAAGAUAGUAUGAAAAGAAUCAAUCGGCUACCUGGAGAGUUUCGGGGAAAAUAUGAAUGUUCAGCGCUUCCGUCCUGUUGAAAUAGCAAUCGGAAACCCUUUCACAUGAACCAACGGGUCAGACUCAAGCUCAUGGAAGGAGACAGACGGCCCUUCGUAUUAUAUGUGGCUUCAAUUUAUUUCCUGCUCUGUUGUGGAUCAUGCUCGGUUAUCGUAGAAGGCCCCAGUAACGUCACGGCGCUCACAGGUUCCGACGCCAGCUUUCUUUGCACCGUGGCUGCCGGCUGGAAGAGUCUCUCCUGGAUUUUUAAUGGAGUUUUUGCCGUCAGUAUCACAUCCACGUCUGGGGCCGUUGUGGACAGCAACCAAAUUACGGUGCGAAACAGCACAAACAUAAUUACGGGGGAAUUCACGUCCGAGAUGACCGUUCGAAACGUCAAUUACAGUAACUCGGGGAUGGUCCAGUGCCAAAGCUUAUCUUCAGAGCCUAAAGAAGCCUUUCUAUCCGUACAAGUUAAUGGAUCAUUGAAGAUAACCAAUGGCAGCCUCACAGUGCCAUCGAAUAUCACCAUAGACCUUUUCUGUACAUUCCUGAAGUGGUAUCCAAUGCCUCGCAUCACCUGGGAGAUAAACAAUACUUUAGCAAGUAGCUUGGACUACGUGGUUGACUUUGUCACUGGGAAGGAUGGGUUAGUCAAUGGAACGAGUGUCUUGACACUGCGUCCUCAGGAUAAAGUGACUGUAACCUGUUUAGCGAGCAUAGAAACGCUACCCAAACCCCAAUCUACAUCCGUGGAAAUAGUUGUAAAGGAAAAUAUUUCAGGAGCCAAAACGGAUAACACAAAGAUUAUAAUUAUCGCGGUUACCGUGUCCGUCGGCUGCUUGCUCCUUCUGAUUAUUAUCGUUGUCGUUGUGGUGUGCUGUUGCAAAAAGAAGAAAAAAGGUACGGGCGAACGUUCGUUUGGCGGACGAUAUCAUUAUAUUCUAGGGAUUUCGAUCCCGCGAUCAAAUUUGGAGGAUUAUUUUGGGAAAUCCAUUAGCUGUAAUGGAACAGAGGCUUUCAUGCAAAAUUCAUACCGUAAAAUUCAUUACAGCGCAGGAGCCGAGGAGGGACAUAAAGAGGCACUUUCAUACCACACGGAAAUAAUACUUUAAACAAGGACGCUGCUCGAAUGUUUGUGCCCUUGAUGACUUUUAUUAAUCAUUUUUGUGUUCUCAAGGCACAAUUAAAGUAAA